CAUGUGAUUUUUUUUUCCCACUUCCAAAAUUCCAAAUAUUGUCCAUCCCACAUUGGUUUGCCCACUAUAUCUGUCUCUUCUUUCCUCAUUCUCUCAUUUCAUCACCAUUAUUUUCUUCUUUUAAGACUCUCUCUUCCUCUCUUUCUCCCUCUCUUUCUCUAGUUUAUUUUUUGUUUUCCAAGUUCUAGGAAGAGAGAAAUGAAGGUAAUAGUGUUGAGAUUGGAUUUACAUGAUAAUAAAGAAAAACAAAAAGCCAUGAAAGCAGUCUCAACACUUUCAGGAAUUGAUUCACUUACAAUGGACAUGAAAGAAGGAAAAAUGACAGUGGUAGGAAUAGUAGACCCUGUUAAUGUUGUUAGCAAGCUAAGGAAGACAUGGAAUGCUCAGAUCUUAUCGAUCGGACCUGUGAAAGAACCAGAGAAAAAACAAGAGGGUGAAAAGAAGGAAGAGCCAAAAAAAGAAGAACCGAAAAAAGAAGAGCCGAAAAAAGAAGAAGCUGAGAGCAAGAAAGAAGAGCCUGAGAACAAGAAAGAAGAGGCUGAGAAGAAGAAGGAAGAGCCUGAGAAGAAGGAACCCCCCAGUGAACAACAACAGAUGAUUUCUGAACUUGUCAAUGCUUAUAAGGCUUAUCAUCAAUUCAUGUCGACGCAUUCUCAUAAUCAAUAUGUGCCAGCAACGCAUUCUUAUAAUCAAUACAUGCCGCCAACACAAUACGUACCGCCGGCACAAUACAUGCCGACACAUUCAUAUGUUCAUCACAGUGCCGAAGAAAAUCCGAAUUCCUGUGUCAUCUGUUAAGUUUAUACCAAUUCAGUAAUGUAUCUGUUUCCACAUAUAUAUAAUUAUAUAUAUUGAGUUUUGUGUUAGGGAUAUGAUCUUGUACAGUUUGUGUAUUCUGCUACCUGUGUUUUUUUUCGUAUUUCUGAAGAGUUUCUGAAGAUGUAAGUGCUUGUGAGUUAUAUGUGUUAUUUUUUGAGCAUGCAGUUGUCAAGAAUUUCUAAAGAUA